CUGGUUGUUUUGGGCCUCAGCGUGGAUGGUAGAUCUGUGGCUGGUGCUGGAGAGGAGCGCUGACAGUUUUGCCCGAAUUUCCCAGCUGGCAAUAUCCGCAGAGUAUGCGUAAGCCAUGGCACAGAUAGAGAAGAAAGUUGGAUUGCUUCGUAAGUCCUCCGCCUCCAAGAAGCCCUUAAAAGAGAAAGUAGUACUGAUGUACGAUGAGAUCUUCACGAAAGAAGAUCCUACCAAAUCCAACCCUAGAUUUUGGGAUGAAUUGUUUCUUAUGAAGGUAAAUAUAGAGUAUCUGGAGUCCAAGUUAGAAUCCCUUGACGGCGAAGAGUUGAUGAAGCUGAAAGAUAACAUUAAUAGCUUGUUCCAGCACUGUAUCCAUGCAUUAAGAGCAGAGCACCAGAUUCGUGUUGUGAACUCAUUGCAGACACUGUGCGCUUUGAUUAGGGGAGUCCAUCAAAAGAACAAGCCGACUUCUGGCUUCGAUAUCAUCAACAUGCUGAUGGGGUUUGAUAAGGCAGAGCUACGUAUGAAGAACCUAAUGGAGAGCUUGGACCUCCUGCUGUGUGGAGACGGCUCAGAAAGCCUGAAGAGCUUAUGCCUGAAACUACUGCUGUGUUUAGUAACUGUAACUGAUAACAUCAGCCAAAAUACCAUACUGGAAUAUGUUAUGAUUAACAGCAUUUUUGAAGCAAUCUUACAGAUUCUGUCCAACCCUCUUAGUCGCAGGCAACACGGCUAUGAUGCGGUUGUGUUACUCGCUCUUCUAGUUAACUACAGAAAAUACGAGUCGGUGAAUCCGUAUAUAGUGAAGCUGUCUAUUGUGGAUGAUGAAAAUACUCUCAAUGGAAUGGGAUUGGUAAUUGCUCGUGCAUUAUUUGAAUACAACAGGCAGUACACGGACAAAGAAGAGGAAAACCAGACUGGAUUCUUCUCUGCAUUAACCAAUAUGGUGGGCAGUAUGUUCAUUGCAGAUGCAGACGAGAAGAUUUCUGUGCAGACCAAUGAAGCUAUCUUACUGGCACUUUAUGAAGCAGUGCAUCUAAACCGAAAUUUCAUAACUGUUUUGGCACAGAGUCAUCCAGAGAUGGGCUUAGUUGCUGUGCCAAUUAGCCCAAUUCCUACAACACCAACAUCACCAUUGGGUACAACUCCUCCUUCCUCAGAUGUUAUAAGUCCAACAGAGUUGCCCAUGGAUGCAGAUGUGCAGACCAGUAACCUGCUGAUCACCUUUCUGAAAUACAGCUCCAUUGUAAUGCAGGACACAAAAGAUGAGCACAGGCUGAACAGUGGAAAACUGUGUCUUAUCAUUCUAACCUGCAUAGCAGAGGAUCAAUACGCCAAUGCCUUUUUGCAUGAUGAUAAUAUGAAUUUCCGUGUUAACCUCCAUCGUAUGCCCAUGAGACACAGGAAAAAAGCAGCUGAUAAAAACAUACCCUGCCGUCCUCUUGUGUGCGCUGUGCUAGACCUGAUGGUGGAAUUCAUUGUGACUCAUAUGAUGAAGGAUUUUCCAAUGGACCUCUAUACACGUUGUAUUCAGAUCGUACACAAGGUUUUGUGUUAUCAGAAGAAAUGUCGAGUAAGACUCCAUUACACCUGGAGAGAGCUCUGGCUAGCCUUAAUAAAUUUACUGAAGUUCUUGAUGUCAAACGAGACCGUGCUACUAGCAAAACACAACAUAUUUACUCUGACUCUUAUGGUAGUCAAUUUGUUUAACAUGUUCAUUACGUAUGGAGACACCUUUCUUCCAACCCCAAGCAGCUACGAUGAGCUUUAUUACGAAAUCAUCCGAAUGCAUCAGAUUUUUGACAACCUGUAUUCUAUGGUACUUCGGCUCUCUACCAACGCAGGCCAAUGGAAAGAACCGGCUAGCAAAGUGACCCAUUCGCUGGUCAAUAUCAGGGCCAUUAUAAACCACUUUAAUCCUAAAAUAGAGUCCUAUGCUGCUGUGAAUCACAUCUCACAAUUGUCAGAGGAACAGGUUUUAGAAGUUGUGCGAUCGAACUAUGACACUCUAACACUGAAACUGCAGGAUGGCCUCGACCAAUAUGAACGAUAUUCAGAGCAGCACAAGGAAGCUGCUUUCUUCAAAGAACUGGCUCGAUCAAUCAGCAUCAACGUCCGGAAGAAUGUGGCCUUCAACACACUGAGCCAGGAGAUUCUACUGAAAGAGUUCUCCACCAUUUCUUGAAAAAGGGAUCCGUCUUAAGCACUCGCUGACCUCUGUAAUCCAUCGAUGAGAAACUUCUACUUCUCUGCGGGGCAGUCAUAACUUCUCUUUUCUUGUAACCAUAACCCGCUUUUCCAGACAAAUAAAUAGCGUUGCGCCUGAAAAGACCUCGACACGGAGAAAUGACAUCCGCUGUGUCGUCUUGUUUUCUCUGACGAACAAGAUUUUUCUAGAAUUUUGCCAAGAAUUGCCAUUUCUGUUCAAUAUGAAUUGGGCAUGUGUGGAGACUGUUGAAUACUUCCAAAUGUACUGUUAAUAUUUGCUUCUCUGGUUUUUUUUUGUGAUGUAAGUGGAUUGUGAUUUGCAAGUGAGUAAGGCUUUAUUCUCUCUUAAAGCUGUAUUAAACAAUUCUUUUUAAA